GCAGCCCCACAUUCACUGUGCGUUCACUCAGCGUGACCCGUAGCAUCAGCCCACUCUCGGACGAAGGAACCCUGGCAAGACGCCUUCAUCGCUUUAAAGCGACCCUUUCCCCCAUUCGAGAGGAGCGWGGAAAUACCCAUCGUACGGCCCGGCGUACUAUCAGCCGUUCAUCGAAACGAACACACAAGCACGUCGCCUGUGGAUUGUGUAAAAAAGACCAUAGACUGGUAACAUGUUCAAAAUUCACUSAAAUGAACAUAAACGAAAAGUUUGACGCAGUCAAUAAAUACAAGUAUUGCGUCAACUGCUUGGCCAGAUCGCAUUCCACCCAAAACUGUACAAGUAAAAAACGAUGUUCCACGUGUAAUGGGGAACACCAUUCAAUCCUACAUGGACACCCCAGGUUGUUCUGCGAAGAGCUAAAGAAAACAUCGAAAAGCGAAGAAAAAUUACAUMCUCGUAGACAAAAAGAUCUACCCACGUUACUGGCCAAGCCGACCCUUAUACCAACAGUCAUGAUCAARGUUAAACACGAUGGCAAAUGGAAUAAAAUACGAGCCAUAAUUAACCCGACCCGAAAGGUGACUAUAAUUGCGUCAGAAUUGGUUCAGAGAUUGAGGUUACCGAAAACGUACCUUGACUCCCACCGUAUAUGCAAAGUCGUCAUAGGUUCAUUAACUGAUUCCGACUGGCAUGUCGAARUUAACUGCCUUUUGACGCACGAUUUACCGACCCGACCCUAUAACCGUGACUUAAGUGGCGAAAUUACUAAGAAGUUCGACCACUUAGUCCUAGCCGACCCUACAUUCUGGAAGAAUGACAACAUCAUGUUGGAACUGGGAGCUGACGUCUACCCAAGAAUAAUGAAAUCCGGAUUAUUCAACCCCGAUAACAGCACCGUGAUCGCACAAAACACCGCACUCGGUUGGACUUUGACCGGUGCUUGUGCGAUUUAAACCCAAAGUAUACCUCCAACCCGUUUAUGAUAACACUCAUCAACC